UUGCCCAACAUAAAGACAAAAGAAAGGGUAUCGCCCAUAAAACGAGGGAGAGCAGCAGAGAGACAGCCAAAAGCCAGUGAGUGGGCGUCCAACCGAGUGAUAGAAAAGAAGAAGAGUAAGGGGGAAGGAAAUCGGCCGCAAACCACGCCUUUUGCCCGGAGAGAUGGAAGGGUCCUGGGUUUCUCUUUGGGUGCUGCUGCUCUUUCUCACUCAAUGGGCUUCAUCCAUAGUAGAAGAUGGCUUGCUUAACAAUGGAGAUUUCGAGACGCCACCCAUCGGCGGUUUCCCGAAUCCUAGCCUGGCUGCCGGCGAGGGCACCACCCCUGUCCCCAGCUGGACCAUCAACGGCACCGUCGAGCUCAUAAAGUCCGGCCAGCUGCAGGGAGGCAUGAUCCUCAUCGUCCCCGAAGGGAAGCAUGCGGUGAGGCUGGGGAACGAGGCAGAGGUGUCUCAGAAUGUGGAGCUGGAGAAGGGGUCGAUGUAUUCGGUGACGUUCAGCGCGGCGAGGACGUGCGCGCAGCUCGAGGAGCUGAACAUGUCGGCGACGGGGGCGGCGGCGUCGACGGUGGACCUGCAAACGCUGUACAGCGUCGAAGGAUGGGAUGCCUACGCGUGGGCGUUCCAGGCGCAGCUGGAGGACGGUGCGGAGACAAAGCUGGCCUUCAAGAAUCCCGGGAUGGACGAAGACCCCAGCUGUGGGCCCAUCAUCGACAACAUUGCCAUCAAGAAGCUCUUCACCCCUGAUAGACUUGAAGACAAUGCUGUGAUCAAUGGUGACUUCGAAGAAGGCCCAUGGAUGUUCCGCAAUGCCACCCUCGGCGUCCUCCUCCCCACGAACCUCGAUGAGGAGAUCACCUCCCUCCCUGGCUGGAUCGUCGAGUCCAACCGGGCUGUCCGCUACAUCGAUUCCGACCACUUCAAUGUCCCACAGGGUAAGCGUGCCAUCGAGCUCCUCUCGGGCAAGGAAGGCAUCAUCUCCCAGAUGGUAGAGACCACCCCUCAGAAACAAUACAACCUCACCUUCACAUUUGGACACGCUGGGGACACAUGUCAAGCCCCCCUAGCUGUGAUGGCCUUUGCAGGGGAUCAGGCACAGAACUUCCACUACUCCCCAACAGGCAAUGCCAACCAUCAGCUUGCCAACCUCAGUUUCACAGCCCGUGCCGAGAGGACCCGCAUCGCAUUCUAUAGCGUCUACUACAACACGAGGAGUGACGACCAUAGCUCGCUGUGCGGGCCGGUGGUGGACGACGUGAGGGUGUGGGGAGUGUCUGGUUCAGCGCGGGCGAAUGGGCCCGGUUUCGUUGGGCUGCUUCUCGGAAUGGUGCUGCUGGUAGGUCUCGCUCUGGCUUAGAGGGUUGGUGGAAUGGUUCUGCUUUAGCUUUCUAAGUGGUGAUAAAUGAUCUCCUCCUAGUUUAAGUUUGAGGUAGUAUCUAUAUGUCGUGAGGUGCAUCACUUCAAAACCAAGUUAAUCUUUUGAUGUGGGUAGCAGAGGAAGUCUUGCUAUCAAUGAAUAUAUUUUGGCUGUCUUGUCUUUCUUAUAUGUAAUACGCGUAUAUGAUAGCUUGGUUAAGCCAGGGGUAGUCCCUUGUUAUUUAUAACUGUCUCGUAAAUCUGUUUGUUUUUAAUCCUUUUCCCCA